GUCCCGAGUUCUAACAGUGGUCCUUAUCACACCGGAUAGCCCUAACCAUCAUAAACCCUAAACCCCUCAAUCUGCCGCUUCUCUCUAAUCCUCGAGCUCUCUUCUCUCCGAUUCACUAUUCUGUUUCUAGGGUUUUGGAGCGGCAAUGAGGAAGCUCAAGUACCAUGAGAAGAAGCUGUUGAAGAAAGUGGACUUCCUGUCAUGGAAGAGAGAAGGAGGUCACAGAGAGGCCAUGGUUAUGCAACGUUACCACGUCACUGGCCGCGACGAUUACAAAAAAUAUUCGAGUGUGUGCCGGACGACUCAGAAGAUGGUGAACAUGUUGAAGCAGAUGAACCCGAAUGACCCGACUCGGAUUGAAUUGACUGAUAAGCUGUUGGAGAAGCUGUACAAUAUUGGUGUCAUACCGACCAGGCAAAGCUUGAAAGAAUGUGAAAAAUUAUCGGUGUCAUCCUUCUGUAGACGAAGACUCUCAACUGUUUUGAUGCGAUUGAAGUUUGCUGAGCACCUGAAGGAGGCUGUCACAUACAUUGAGCAAGGGCAUAUAAGAGUGGGUCCAGAGACUGUUACUGACCCAGCAUUCCUUGUGACAAGGAAUAUGGAAGACUUCAUAACAUGGGUGGACUCAUCCAAGAUCAAGAGAAAGGUUAUGCAGUACAAUGACAAGCUAGAUGAUUAUGAUAUAAUGAACUGAGGAGAUCACUGAUGUGGAAAUUUGAGAUUCCCAUGGUACUGUCUUGUUGGUACACGAAAAGAAACAGAUUCUAAUGUACUGUGACUUUAUCCUCGCCUUUUUUUGAAUGGAGUUUAAAUUACUCAA